UCUGGGAAUCUGGAUGGCCACACGAAUUGACCCAUUGACCCAUUGACCCAUUGACCGGAUGUUCGUGCGAGCUUACAACGUACUCCGUCCCCUCGGUAUUCACACACAAAUGCGUCAAAUAUAUAUGUCGGCGGUCGACCAUCUGGUCCUUGGUCCCUCGUCCUUUGUCCUUUCUCCCCCCACCCACAUCCUCUCGCCCUCGCCUGGCAGGAUACAUCUUCUUGACGAUACUCGAGUCGAGUUAGGGGUCGAACAAAUCACCAAUGCGUACCACCCAGGUCUCUGCCCUCCUGGGUCUCGCGGCCGGCGCUGCCGCUUGCGCUCCCGACUUCAACAGUCUCCUCAAGCGCACUCACCGCCAGCCGCUCUCCCUUGCCAAGCGUGACGAACAGUGGCCGCCUGUGCUGUCCGAGCACGAGGCUAUCCUCGUCAACAGCUUUGACAACAUCACCAUCGACCAGUGGAGUUACUACUAUGGUCGUCAGGAUAAGCUGGCCGGCUUCGGCAAGGAAGCCGCUGAGUGGACUCGUGACCAGUGGGCCGCCAACGGCUUCGACGCCCACCUCAACGAAUACAACGUCUUCCUCCGCUAUCCCAUUUCCACCUCCUUGACCUUCACCGACGCCGAGGGUAACACCUCCGAGGUCAACAUCAAGGAGGACGUUCUCGAGGAGGACGAGGUCACUGGCUGGGACGCCGUCAGCCAGCAGACCUUCCUCGGCUAUGCUGCUGGUGGUUCGGCCAGCGCCGAAUACGUCUAUGCCGGCCGUGGCUCAAUCGACGAUUUCCAAGCUCUCGUCGACCUCGGCGUUUCCGUCGAGGGCAAGAUCGCUCUGAUUCGCUAUGGCGGACUCUUCCGCGGUCUCAAGGUCAAGAACGCCCAGGACUUUGGCGCCAUUGGUGCCGUCAUCUUCCUCGACCCUGGCGAUGACGGUGAAGUCACCGUAGCGAAUGGCUAUGCUGCCUAUCCCGAUGGACCUGCGAGAAACCCAAACGCUCAGCAGAAGGGGUCGACUCUCUUCCUCUCCACUCGCCCCGGAGAUCCCACCACCCCUGGUUAUCCCUCGCACAAGGAUGCUCCCCGUGCCGACAUCUCGGACGUCAUCUCCCGCAUCCCCGCCAUUCCCAUCUCCUAUGGCGCCGCCGAGCCCCUCCUGCAGGCCCUCCAAGGCCAUGGCGUCUCGGGCGAGCAAGUCAACCGCACCAACUGGGUGGGCGGCCUGGACGCCGGCUACUUCACCGGCCCCGCUCCCGGUGUCAAGCUCAAUCUCGACACCGAAGUCGAAGACGCCUUCAAGGAUGUGCACAACGUCAUUGGCUGGAUCAACGGCACCGAGUCGGACGAGACCAUCUUCAUCGGCAACCACAGAGACACUUGGAUGAUCGGCGGCAACGGCGACCCCAACAGCGGCUCUGCCGUCCUGAUCGAGUUCACCAAGGCCCUCAACCACCUCCGCACCACCACCGGAUGGCAGCCCAAGAGAAACAUCGCUCUGGGCUCGUGGGACGCCGAGGAAUGGGGCCUGAUUGGUUCCACCGAAUGGGUCGAGGAGCACGAUGUCUGGCUGACCGAGAACCUCGUGGCCUACCUGAACCUGGACGUCGCCGUCAGCGGUCCUCGGCCCAACCUGGGCGGCACCCCGGAGCUGCACAAGCUCGCGACCGAAACCAUGAAGAAGGUGAUCCACCCCAGCUUCGGCGCCUUCAACCAGACCCUCUACUCCGCCUGGGAGGAGGCCUCGGGCGGCCUCGUCGGCGUCCUCGGCUCGGGCUCGGACUACACGCCCUUCCUCCACCGCGGCGUCAGCUCCCUGGACAUCGGCUCGAGCGGCGGCCGCACAGACCCCAUCUGGCACUACCACUCCAACUACGACACCUACCACUGGAUGGCCACCUGGGGCGACCCGGGCUUCCACCUGCACGCGUCGCAGGGCCAGUACCUGGCUCUGCUGGUCUACCACCUCGCCACCGACGACAUCCUCCCCAUCGACGUGCCCAACUACGCCGUCGAGCUGCGCGCCUACUACGACGACCUGGCCGAGUACGCCGCCGAGCAGGGCGCCGACCUCGACCUCUCCGAGCUGGACGCCGCCAUCGAGCACUUCCGCCGGAGCGCCGACGAGGCGAAAGCCCUCGAGCGCCUCGCCGUCUCCCGCGGGGACGAGGACCUCAAGAAGGUCGUGAACCGCAAGUACCGCGAUUUCCAGCGCGGCUUCAUCUCGCAGGGGGGUCUCCCCGACCGCGAGUUUUACAGGCACGUCGUCACCGCCCCGGGUCUCGAUACCGGGUACGCUGCUGUCACGUUCCCCGGCAUCACUGAGGGGGUGCAGUAUGCCGAGAAUGGGGACUUUAGCGUCGCCCAGGAGUGGGUUGGUCGUACGGCGAGGGGUAUUGUCGUCGCUGCCGACAUCCUCAAGACGUAGGUAGGUAGGCAGGACGAGGGGCAUGUCGUUGACUAAGUGCCAUGUUUGGCCUGAAUAUAAUCUGUACUAAAAGCUCGAUUA